GAAGAGUUAAAAGUAAUGACCGCGAAUGACUGCGGCAGUGGGGCGCUGGAUGGAAGUCGCCACAGAUGACUGGUUGCAAGGUUGCACCUGAAGAUGAUGACGAGCAGGAUGCAGAGGACAAAAGAAAGACGGACUCACAGAAGAAAUAUUCCGGCGCACCCAGUGAGUCAUCCUCCAGUUCCUGUGGAUUGAGGCGGUCAGCGGAGGAGACUUCCCCACAAAGUCCUACUUGCAGCGCUUCGACUCAACCUAUGAGGCGCGAAACAUCUCCAGAUGAGAACUUGCAACAGCUGCAGAAGAAGAUGGCAGAAAAGGCAGCAAAGCGGCGAGAAGCGGAAUCGAAAAAGAACCAGGCCAAGUUUCGACGAGGCGUUGUGAAUUUUAUGGACGGUCCUUGGAUGACCUUGAUAUCAGUCUCUCUUACUGUUUGGGCCCUGAUUGGUGAUGACCUCCGCAUCCUCACCACCAACCGGCCAGCUGAUAUUGUGUUUAAUGUCGUCACCAUCGUUUGCCUCAGC